AUGAGGUUUACACUCAACGAUCCUAAAUUCUUCAUGAAUGGAAUUGAUACAGUAAACACCGCCGUCAGGUUACAAGCCGGUGAUAUGAAAAUGAAAUUCUAUGCCUGUAUGGUCAAAGUCAGGUCAGACGUGUACAAUAAAAUCGCUACAGCUAAACUGCAGAGGAAUCUGGAUGUGUAUUAUCCCACUGUCAGAUCAGAAAUCAGGACCUACACCUUGCAAAACAAUCACAGUGACUUUGAAGCUACAGACGUAUUCAACGGAAGAGUCCCGGACCGUGUGAUGGUAGGCUUAGUCUAUCAAGAUGUUUUCUCAGGCAAUUACGCCUACAACCCUUUCAAUUUCCCGAAAUUCAAUGUAAGUAGCGUCAAACAGAUUGUGGAAGGGGAAGAGUACCCGUAUUAA